AGCUGGAGGGGGACAGGUUUGACACGGGCUCCGGCUCGUCCAAUGAGAUUGAGUCAGUGCGUGUCCCUUUAACAGAGGGGGCGGGGCAGCGUCUCCGCUUUGUUUUGCAGAUGGAUUUGCCUCUCGCUCAUUUCCCCAGACUGGUCAGUCAGUGUCUCUCUCUGUAGUACCGGCGCUCAUCCGCCGAGGCACAGCCAUGUAUCCCUCCUCCUACUCGUAUCCCUCCUCCUCCUCCUCGUCCCGCUGACAGACGCGAUGGAGCGGAGCAGAGUGACGGGAGGAUUCCGAGGAGACCCGGGGCGGCUCAUUGUCAGAUCCGAGGAGUUCAAGUGUCAGGGGGCGCAGUGCUGCAAAGACAAGAAGUACCGCGAGGCCAUCGGCAAAUACCACCGGGCUCUGCUGGAGCUGAAGGGACUGAGUGACGGGGACAAUUCUGCUGCUGCUCCGGGGGCCACUCACCCGGCCGGACUGACUGACGAGCAGAGACUGGACGUGGAGAAUAUCCAGCUGGAUUGUUACAAUAGUCUGGCGGCGUGCCUCCUGCAAGCGGAGCUGGUGAAUUACGAGCGAGUGAAGGAGUACUGCCUGAAAGUCCUUAAGAAGGAAGGGGAGAAUUUUAAGGCCCUGUACAGAUCUGGCGUGGCCUUCUACCACCUGGGAGACUAUGAUAAAUCAUUGCACUACUUGGAGGAAGCCAAGAGCCGACAGCCAACAGAGCACAGAGAAAGAAGACAUGGAGGAAAAGUGGACCAAACAAUAGUCCCACGGGCUCCUCUGUCGUCACAAGGUAGAGUCCUGCGAUGAACCAAUUUCUAAGACCCAAACCGCAACCGCAAUAUUUACCCACUUUGAUCCGCGACCCGGACCCACGACUGCCUUAUCUGCAACCCGACCCGCAACCCACAGACCACCAUCAAACAGGAAGUGAUGUUGCUGCAAACCAGAAGUGACAUCAUGAAAAGUGGGUGGGGACAAAACCCGGUUUUGUAAAAGGACUAAAAUAAAGACCAUAUAACACGGGAUAAUAAAUUUAGAUGAGACCCGCAACCUCUAUACCCGCACCUGAAAAUCCUCCCCUCAUUCCGCAGGGUACCCGAUUUUUUUGCAGGUAACCCGAGAGAUUGGAGAUGUGCCACCUGCAAAGCUGGAAAUCUCCCACUGUGCAGUCUCUGUAUGAUGUAGGGUCACAAAUUAAUCACGAAUAUCUCUUUAAAUGAAUAAACAAAUUGCAGGAGAUCAACACAACUUUGGCUCAGAAAUUAUUUGACUUUCAUGUUUCCAUUCCAUUUCAAACUGUGAUUUAAAUUUGCUGCUCCGACCAGUAAUUAGUGUAACUAGUUCCAACCCCAGGCUUUGUGCUCCACUUUAUUUAAUGACUUUAAGCCUCAAUGUUAAUGCCGUCCUGUGGCCAAUACUGAUGUAUUAUUAAAUAAAAGUACCGUGGCCAGACAGCGCUCCCCGGAUUUUAAGAUGCCGCCACAGAGCUGCUGCUGCUGCAUUGCCUAAAGUGAAUGGAAACCGCAGACUCAAAUCUGAUGAGUCACAAAUCCAGAAGGCUUGUUUCCUACAGAUAUUUCCUACAGAAUAGACAUAUGCAGAAUCACCUUACAAUAUAUACAGUCAUAUGAAAGUUUGGGAACCCCGUCUCAGCCUAUAUAAUUUACUCCACGUUCAACAAAAAACAUAACAGUGGUAUGUCUUUCAUUUCCCAGAAACAUCUGAGAACUGGGCUGUUUUCUGA